CAGCGUUGUAACAUGAGCUCGGACUAUUGACUUUCUUCUUUGCUACCUAGGCGCCUACAUUGUAGGUAUGAUGUAUGCGGCACACGACUACAACACUUGGAUACCAGCUUUGGCUCCAGCUGGCGAACACAAGCGACCCUGGAUGACAUCGCGGCCGAUAUGACGCCCUUGAGAGCUCCAUCCGAAGCUGAUCUGCCGUGAAGGGCGCCGGGGUGGCGCUGGUUGUCCAACCAGGCGCAGCGGGAGCAAUCCUCUAGGUCUACCUAAGCCCUUGUUGGCUUCGUCGCACCAACAUAACCUGGGGCCUGAACGAUGGUGCAAUAUCUUACCAGUGAAAAGAUCCCCAUGCCAAAAGCAACUUUGACCAGCAACCCAGACAAUCCUUAUCUACUGUCUGCAUGGAUGGCGCUCUGUCCUACGUCGUGGGCUCGUACCGAUUCGAUGUCAGCUGUGGGGGUGGGAGGCUUCUGGAUCAGUGUGCCCCAUCAAAGUGCAACAGUAAGAUCCAUGGAUCGCGUUGGAUUUCACAUUUAUAUACUUCGCGAACUGCAACUCUGUUGUUCAGCCUGAGCAUUCCUUUCUUUUCACCCCUUCGUUCCCACCCGCCGAAAUUGUGCCCUCUUCGCUCUACUACCAUGGCGGAUGAUAAGCAAGUGCUUGAUCGAAAGGAUAACUUGGACGACUAUCGCAAUCGACUUGGGAGCGAGAUCGCUGUUGGGUACGAUGACGACAGUGCAAUCCCCAAGGGCUCGACUGAUCCAGUCUACGAGGCCAAGGCCAGAGUGUUGAAUCGCGCCAUCCAAGAUAUUGGAAUGGGAUGGUAUCAAUGGCAGCUGUUCAUUGUCGUUGGGUUCGGCUGGGCGAGUGAUAACUUGUGGCCCAUUGUGACCUCGCUGAUUUUCACCCCGAUCACCAACGAAUUCGGUCCGUCCAGGCCUCCUCUACUGACGCUGAGCCAGAACAUUGGACUUCUGGCGGGUGCGGUCUUUUGGGGGUUCGGCUGCGAUAUCUUUGGCCGCCGAUGGGCGUUCAAUAUGACCCUGGGGAUAACGAGCGUCUUCGGCAUGAUUGCCGCAAGCUCUCCCAAUUUCGCCGCUAUUGGGUGCUUUGCUGCGCUGUGGUCCUUUGGCGUUGGAGGCAAUCUACCAGUGGACUCGGCCAUCUUUCUUGAAUUCUUGCCUGGGUCUCAUCAAUAUCUCCUGACCAUCUUGUCCAUUGACUGGGCCUUUGCUCAGCUCAUCGCCACACUCGUCGCUUGGCCUUUGCUUGGGAAUCUGACCUGCCAGGAAGGAGAGGCGUGCACCCGAUCCAAGAACAUGGGCUGGCGGUACUUUAUGAUUACCAUGGGAGGACUUGCCCUGAUCAUGUUCUUCAUCCGGUUCGUGCUCUUCACCAUCUACGAAAGCCCCAAGUUCCUCAUGGGCAAAGGUCGGGACGACGAAGCAGUAAGAGUGGUGCACGAGGUGGCGCGACGGAAUGGCAAGACGACGCCCCUGACAAUCGAGGACUUGAAGGCCUGCGAACUUCUCGCCGAAGGAGGUGUCUCUGGACAUCAACAGACCAGCGCCGCGGCGGCAUUGAAGCGACGCUUGGAGAAGGUCAAUCUUACGCAUGUCCGAGCAUUGUUCUCGACCAAGAAACUGGCCUUGAGCACAUCUAUCAUAAUUGUCAUCUGGGCGUUCAUUGGACUGGGAUAUCCUCUCUACAACGCCUUCAUUCCGUACCUGCAAGCAGUCAAAGGUGCUCAAUUCGGCGACAGCAGCACCUACAUAACCUACCGCAACCAGGUUAUCAUUGCCGUGCUGGGGAUUCCCGGUGCUCUCCUUGGCGGCGCAUUGGUUGAGGUCCGUCGGUUCGGCCGCCGCGGUACUUUAUCCGUCUCGACUGUUCUAACCGGCGUUUUCCUGUACUGCUCGACCACUGCCACCACGUCGAACUCGUUGCUGGGCUGGAAUUGCGCAUUCAACUUUACCUCUAAUGUCAUGUAUGCCGUCCUUUACGGCUAUACGCCCGAGUGCUUCUUCACCAAGGACCGCGGGACUGGGAACGCACUUACUGCGACCGCCAACCGCAUCUUUGGAAUCAUGGCCCCCAUCAUCGCCAUGUUUGCGAAUUUGAAGACCACCGCUCCCGUCUACACGAGUGGAGCCUUGUUCAUUGCUGCUGGACUGUUGGUGCUUCUUUUGCCUUUCGAAAGUCAGGGCAAGGCCAGUCUAUGAAGAGGAGACGGUCUUGAUUCUGCCGCAAUGUUCGUUCGCCGCACUCUUUAAUGGGCUUAUGACAGUCGAGGGAAUGGGGAGAAGGGGAAAGCAGGCUAUUUAUUCCAGCAGGACGGACAUUAUAUUGGAUUCUCGUAUCAUGGUCUCAAAAUGGAUACGAGGCACUGGCAUCCAAACUACUCCUAUUAUUAUAGGCGCAAAGAUAACGGACUACUACGACUACGAGCUUUGAUCAGCCGUGGAAAAGCAAAGCCGUACUCAUUAAUGACUUGGUGCUCUGGGCCGUGCUGGGCUCGGUAGGGAUCUUUGCGGGACCGGCAGCAAUCAUUGAUGAGACAGAUGAUAUGACCAGCUCCGGCCCCCGUGGCAGAUCGAUAGAGAAUUCAAUUAACCCCCGUGCAUGAUAUUCUACUGCUGCUCCGCCUGCCUCGCCUUGUAAUUCAAUU